AUGACAGCAACGACAAUUGAAUUCACAUUAAAUGGCAUCCGGAAUCUUCUUAAUGCUGUCGGAAAUCCUCAACAUGGAUUGAGGGUAUUACAUGUUACCGGUACUAAUGGUAAGGGCUCUGUAUGCUCUUACCUAUCGUCAAUUUUGAUGAUGGAUAGGAACCUGAGGAUAGGAAAAUUUAAUUCUCCCUAUUUGGUGCAUGCUCGGGAUGCUAUCACAAUCAAUAACAUUCCCAUUUCUGAAGAUAGUUAUUCAUCAAUCAAGACUGAGUUCCUAAAGUAUAACAAAGGUAUCGGCUGUUCCGACUUUGAGAUUGACACAUGCAUCGCGCUUAAAUACUUCCAACAGAAAAAAUGCAACUGGUGCAUUUUAGAGGUUGGCAUUGGCGGCCUAGUUGAUGCGACGAACGCUGUAGAUGGAAAGGGUAAAGUAUGUGGAUUCACCAGUAUUUCACUUGAUCACCAAAAGUACUUGGGCGAUGACGUUUUGUCAAUUGCGCAACACAAAGCAGGCAUUCUGACUCCUGGAGCUGCAUUUGCGGCUGUUGAUGGUAGUAAUGGUCCUGAAGUAAUUAAGGCGAUUAAAGACGCUAGUGAGCUUGUUGGGGCGGAGUUAAAGGUGGCGUCGGUUGACAACAUUUCUGGCAUGAUUGCGACGGACACAUGGGGCGCUAUUCCCAGCAAUCUUACGCCUUUACUUGGUAACUACCAGCGCAAUAAUUUAAGCGUUGCACUUGCAAUGGUAGACUAUAUCGCUAAGGCUGGUGAGCUAGACAUUACGCGCGACCAGCUUUUGGAGGGCAUUCAAAACACUAAAUGGGCUGCGAGAUUGCAAAAAGUAGAUUUAUGCUACAGUCAGGGUAAAAAAGUCCAAGUACUGAUGGAUGGUGCCCACAAUGCGAACGCUGCCGAGCAGCUAGGCCGAUUCCUUGACGAAGAGUAUAGAACAGCUCCCGAUGAGCCGCUAUGUUUUCUUUUAGGUCUGUCUGAAGGAAAGGAUGCAGCAUUAUUAUUCAAACCCAUUGUACAUGAAAAUGAUACUGUAAUUGUGACAAAGUUUACAGAAACAGAUGCCAAUUCCUGGGCAAAGGCGGCUAGUAUUGAAGCAGUCUCAAAGCAACUUGAAAGCAUUACCAAAAAUAUAGUACCUGUUGAAGUUGCUUGGGAUGCAGUUGAACUCGCAGCUGAAAAAUAUGCAACAGAUAAGAAGUUAGUCAUUUGCGGGUCGUUAUAUCUAUGUGGCGAAAUUCUCAAAUACCAUGAACAAAACUCCAACUAA